GUGUAGAGUUAGCCUCAGGCUAGGCUAACGCUAACCGUAAUGUAUGUUACUGUCAAAAUGUUACAAAUGACAAUAAGUUUGCCUCUACAUAUUAUAAAUUAUAAUUAGAGGGGCGUUUCAACAACAAUAUUUUGGAUUAUGUAAAGUACACAAGUCAUCAAAUAUAUAGGUCUUGUCCUAUUUAUAAAUCAAAUGAAGAAUUGAGACAUAAUAAUAUUUAAAGGACUAUUGAGGUCGUCAGUUGAGAAUCAUGAAGCAUUUGACAUAAAAACUAGGUCAACAAGUUUAUUACUAAUAAUGUACCUGCUCGAUUAAAGUACAGUUUGUACAUUUUGAAUAUUUAACAGGAGAUUGUUGCAGAAGUGACACCCGCUCAUCCAGCAACACAAAAAAGAUUAAUGUUAUAUAUUCAAGUUUCCAUGGCGACAUGUCAAACUUUGAUGUUUUACCUUGAAACAGGAAUUUGUUUUAACUCAAAUUUACAAAGUCUAAUCUUCACUGAACUUCACGUUUGAUACUGAAUAUAAAGAUGGAAAACAAGACAGCUACCCUCAAAGUGAAUCCAAAUGAUAUCUGCCCCCCCCCCCCGGUGGCUGGCUGCUAUAUUUGUCAUAAACCCGGACUCUUCCAUGUUAGUGGAUGGGACAUGGACCAAAUCAAGCAGGCCUGUUCAACGCUGCUCACAGAUUCAGUUGAGGAGGAUUCAGGUUUGAUGGGAACAGACACUGAAGUCGUUUCUCAAACUAUGUAAAAUGAAGAAAUUCACAGUUUGUACAAACCACAAGUUACUUCUUUGUUUUAGGUUUAAUUUAACACCAUCUGGCUCAGCAAGCAUGUAAGUGGAAAGAGGAAGGAAGUCACAGACGAGAGCAGCAGCUACUAUGAGUGUAACUGCAGCAGCCAGUGGAUUUGUUGUCCUUCUUCUCACUGUGACAGUGGUACAGUGUGAGAAUGGCUGGGAUGUGAGUUACACUUCUACUGAGAUCUGUGCCUUCAGAGGAUCAACAGUGGACAUUACCUGUACCUACACAUACCCAUCCACAGUUAAUAACCAUGAUACUACAGUUCAGGAAACUUUCUGGUUCAUUAAAGAGAGUAAUGGGAUUCACGUUGAUCUAAGGACUGAUCCGGAGUAUUCAGGUCGUGUGGAGAAUCUCUGUGGAAACAACAAGUGCACUCUGAGAAUCUCUAACCUGACAGAGAGCGACUCAGCUGUGUACAAGUUCAGGUUCACAACAAACCAACCUACUGGGAGUUUAACUGGUUCAGCUGGAGUCACUCUGUCUGUCACAGAUUUGCAUGUGCAGGUGAGCACAUCAGAGAAGUCUGAAUAUAAUAACAAGGCAGAGCUCAGGUGUCAGAGCAGUUGUCGUCUUCCUGAUCAUCUGAACUACGUCUGGUACAAGUAUAAACAGAAGAUGAAGGAAGGAGCAACUUAUUCAGAUACUUUUCAUCGUACAACCAGUGUUUCCUGUGCUGUUAAAGGACACGAGGAUUUCCGCUCUCCAUCAAUGUUGAUGAGUCAGAAUGGCUGGAGUGUGAGUUACACUUCUACUGAGAUCUGUGCCUUCAGAGGAUCAACAGUGGACAUUAACUGUACCUACACAUACCCAUCCAUGUUGAAUCACCGUGAUACUACAGUUCAGGAAACGUUCUGGUUCAUUAAAGAGAGUAAUGGGAUUCACGUUGAUCUAAGGACUGAUCCAGAGUAUUCAGGUCGUGUGGAGAAUCUCUGUGGAAACAACAAGUGCACUCUGAGAAUCUCUAACCUGAGAGAGAGCGACUCAGCUGUGUACAAGUUCAGGUUCACAACAAACCAACCUACUGGGAGUUUUACUGGUUCAGCUGGAGUCACUCUGUCGGUCACAGACCCUCAGCUCCAGGUACAUGUGAGGAGAUCAACAGCCAAUCCAUCUUCUACCUGGACAGAGCUGACCUGUCACAGCAGGUGUCAGCUCCCUGAUCAUCUUUCCUACGUUUGGUACAAUAACAAUAAACCUGUUGGACGAAAAAAAUACUUUCACUUCCGACACUUUAAUGCUGAAGACAGCUAUCACUGUGCUAUAGAAGGACAGGAGCGUUUCCCUUCUCCCACAGUGUAUGCUCCAAAGCCUCCCUCUGUGUCAGUGAGUCCCUCUGGUGAGAUCAUGGAGGGCAGCUCGGUGAAUCUGACCUGCAGCAGUGAUGCUAACCCAGCAGCUAAAUACACCUGGUACAAGAGAAGUGGAGAUAAACAAGUUCAACGUCUCAGUGAAGAGACACAAUUCGUCCUCAGCUCCAUCCGGUCGUCAGACUCUGGAGAGUAUUACUGCACAGCUGAGAAUGAGAACACAGCGUCUAAACGUGUCUUAAUAAAUGUGAAAUAUGCUCCAAAGCCUCCCUCUGUGUCAGUGAGUCCCUCUGGUGAGAUCAUGGAGGGCAGCUCAGUGACUCUGACCUGCAGCAGUGAUGCUAACCCAGCAGCUAACUACACCUGGUACAAGAGAAGUGGAGAUAAACAAGUUCAACGUCUCAGUGAAGAGACACAAUUUGUCCUCAGCUCCAUCCGGUCAUCAGACUCUGGAGAGUAUUACUGCACAGCUGAGAAUGAGCUGGGAAGGAGUUCAGCAAAAAUCUUUAUUACUGUGACAUAUGCUCCAAAGCCUCCCUCUGUGUCAGUGAGUCCCUCUGGUGAGAUCAUGGAGGGCAGCUUAGUGACUCUGACCUGCAGCAGUGAUGCUAACCCAGCAGCUAACUACACCUGGUACAAGGAGAACCGAACUCUGCUUCAAGGACCAGAGGGUGUUUAUCGUCUCUCCUCCAUCAGCUCUGGGGACAGCGGGGUCUACUCCUGCAAGUCUGAGAAUCAGUACGGACGGAUCAACUCCACGUCUCUACACUUAGACGUCCAGUACGCUCCAAAGCCUCCCUCUGUGUCAGUGAGUCCCUCUGGUGAGAUCAUGGAGGGCAGCUCAGUGACUCUGACCUGCAGCAGUGAUGCUAACCCAGCAGCUAACUACACCUGGUACAAGGAGGACGAGGACUCACCAACAGCAUCAGGACAAAUCUUCACCAUCACUGAUAUCACAGCUGAACAUGGUAGAAAGUAUCAGUGUGAGGCCCAGAACACACACGGACGUAGUAACACCACCUUACAUCUGACUGUUGGAGCAGGUGAUUGUAGCACUCUGACUUUUACAGACUACACCCCCCCCACACACACACACACCCCUCUCUCCUUUCAUUGUACAAGAACCCUAAAUCAUCAAUACUCAGGAUUUCCAGAUGUCACAGCUGUUUAUCAAGCCCAUCAUAUUGCACAUGAACAAUACUGACUGACCAACAGCAUCACCUGGCAAACUCAUUAUUGAGGUCGUCAGCUGAGAAUCAUGAAGCACCUGACACAAAAACUAGGUCAACAAUUUUAUUUCUAGUAAUUUCUCUGGACAUUUAAAGUACGGUAGGUGAAGAUCGUUUGAAUCCGUCCCAUUCUUUGUCCUUUACAUUUACAUUGACCCAGCGUCAGUAAAAACAUCCAUAAAGCUUUCACCAUCCUCAGUGAACUUGAAAGAUAUUUCCUUCACUGUGCACAUUCACGUGUCGAGCAAACAGCUCUCAGCAGACAGACAGUGGUGAAAACAAAACCCUGCUCCUGUGCACAUGUCACACAUACACCUCCCAGCAGGGGGAGCAGUGGAUCAUAAACAGUUUAAGAAACACCCCCACAAACAGUCCUCUCUGACAACUUAGAACUCUUCAAAACACUUUAUUAGAAAAUAAACUGUCUUUAUAUUCAGUCAGAACAUCGAGUCAGGUUUAUAAAACAUGACAAAAGUUGUUUUUGUAAAUGUUUCUUCCGGCAUCUUUAAGUAUUGUGAGUUUGUCAAAUGAUAAAGUAAAAGUUAUUUCAUCAUAGUUUCACCUGGAUCAUGGAGAUCAGCACUCAUUGAAUCAGCUGCUGCAGUUUUCCUCGCUGUGACUCUCCUCUCCGUGUUCCUACUGAUCAG